GAUUCCAAAUGAAUGUCCAAAAAACUUGUAAUAUGUUAAAUCGAAAGUUUAAUCAUUGUUGUGACUGUCUCGCAGCCCAGCGCUGCGUCCGUGUAUAUGCGCAUGUGAAAAGCAUACGCGUGAUGACCUUGCAACUUAAAUUACCCUUAAUUUAUUGCCAUACAGAUAAAAGUAAAAUAACAUUCGAAACUAAAAAUUUUUUUUUAAUUUGUUUAAACUCACAAUAAGGAGAAAACCUUGUGCUUAUUUAAAAUCAUUAAAAACAUGACGUGCUUUCUGCUGCUUUGGUUUAACAGCGCGUCACAAAAAAGAACAGCAACUCAAAUACUUUUUUAAUUGUCAAUCUGAUAAUUAUAACAUAUUUCGUGUAGGCUUAUUUAUUUUAUUAUUAUUUAUCAAAACAGACGUAGCCAUCAUCUGUUGAUUUAAAUCUAUUUGUGCAUGAAACUAAACCCAUGGGGGAAAUGAUGAUAUUUUAGGAGAUUUAUUUAUGAGUGAACAACGCGAAUCCAGAAAGGAAUUUAUUUCUUUAAAACAGGGCGGACAUUUCGGUAGCUUUAUUUAUUUUGCGAGCUGCCGCCGUGGGUUUGUCUAGAAGGGAUACAGAAAAUGCCGAAAAGUUUAGAAUUAGAUUUGGAGGUAGGAUUUUUAGGAUGAAAACAGCGUCUCUGGCUAAAUGAGAUACAAAUACAUCCUACAAUCCUGUGGAAUUUUGUGUUUAGAGUUGGGUUUGGGUGAAGGAUUAGGAUAAAACAUUGCUCAUCCGGCGAGAUUUCGUUUGCUGUAUCCCUUCUAUACACAACCGCAGGCGUGGAGGGGAUGUUUUAGGCGAGGCGGCCCGCCACGGUUGAAUGUGUAUAGCGGAAACACUGGCAGAGCUCUGCCCUGAUAAGGUUUCCUGAUAAGUCUUUGGCAGUCAGUGAACACUCUGCAGUUUCGUGGUCUCUGAUCAUUUGAUUUCUGUGUUUAUCAGAAGUAUCAGCCAGACGACAAGUUUGUACACCAGCUGAUACGAUGGGAAGCAUGCGAUUUCCUGCAUUGAUCUUUGUACUUUUCUACAGUAAGGUGCUAUUGGCUAUAGCUGAUGAAGUGAUAAAAUUAGACCGGUUUCCUGAAUUUGUGGAUUACAAAAGAUGCCGGGAUAAGAUGCUUCAAAGAGUCAUAAAACCAGGAGGUCUGCUGCAAACAGAGCUCAACAACAAUAACGAUUUUAAGUUGAUGUGGAAAGCUAAUGCAACAUGUGGGACGAAGAUUCCAGGUGGAACACAAGAGCACAUGGCUGCAUUGAAGAGCUAUGCAGAUGCUAAUAGAAGAUUUCAUAAAUCUUUCAACACACAACUUAAUAACAAGGGCACGAACAUCACAAUGUACCAAGAUCAGUUUUCCUUCAAAUCUCUUCACUUCCUACUGACAGAUGGCAUGCAACUUUUAAGCAAAUGCCGUAAUGUGUAUUCUGGCACAGAGAAAAAGUACAAUAUAGCAGUUGGUGAUAAAAUCAGAUUUGGGAGUUUUUUUCCAGCACAUCUGUCAUUUAGUGAUGCACAUGAGGAGGCAGUAGACAGUGAUGGGACCAUUUUUAACAUCACUUCUUGUACUGUGGUCAGUCUUGAUGAAAGUGGGUGUGGGUCAGAUGAAAUCGAUCUGCUAAUAUCCCCCGAUGAAGCUUUCAAAGUUGAGGACAUCAGGAAAGCUGGUUCUAAAGAUGAAGAAAUUACAAUGGUAAUCUUAAAGCCAUCUGCUUUCCGCAGCUCUUCUGACUGUAGCAACCUGUUCAGCUCGUCCACAUCUGAUGAAUCCUCUUCUAAAUUUCUGAUGACUGUCUUUUUGAUGGUGUGCAUUUACACACUGGCUCUGUAAAUAUAUAAAUAAUUCUGUAUUGUCUUGAAGAUGCUAAACUCAUAGAAAAUUAAAAGC